AAAGUAAAUAAACUAUAAAAAUAUGUUAUUAAAUAAAAAUUAAAUUUAUAAUGUCGAAUUUUGACUAAUUUGAAUUACUCUUAAUCAUUCCUACAAGUCGUUAUCGUUCCUACUCAACGUGUCGUUAAUUAAAACAAUGGAGUUGAACAAUUUAAGAAAUAUUAAAAUUUACUCAAAUUUAAUUUAUUAUUUACUAGGCGCAUACACGGUUUUUUUUUAAACCAAGCAAUUCAACCAUAGAAAUGAGGCUGUUCUUUUAGUUACAUAUUUUAAAUUAAUCAACUUGAAUAAAAUUUAAAUUUCGAUACAGACGGAGGUUAAAAAUAACAAAAUGUUAUUUAACUCAAGGAAUGAUUCAAAUUUGAUUCUUUGACAGUAUAAUUCGUACGCGAGAUCAAGACGAUGACGGCAUGUAGAAAAGAAAAAGAUCGUCAAGUCCACAGCCUGACUCAUUAGAGUCGAAAACUAUCGCAUUACGUGUUUGAUAAAGUCAAGGCUACGUUGCCUUUCGCCGAAUCGUGCAUAGAAAAAUGUCAGUCCUCCCGUUUUCCCGCUCUCGAGUCGGUACGGACGAUACUUAUUCUCAUCAUCGGCGCAACUCGGUCGAAUCUUCCGCUGACAUUAUCAGUCCGUCGUAUCGAUCGAAGAAACGUGUGAUAGUACGAGGCCGUAUAGUUACGAUUUGCACCACUUUGCACCACUCGCGAAUCGAAGCGGCUACGAUUUUAUCGGCCGCGCGUAGAAGACUCGAAGUCUCGUCGAGGAAUUAAUCUUUUUUUUUUUCCUAAAAUCAUACUCUUUAAUGUAAGAAAAUGUAGAAUUGUCGGUAGGUAAAAUCGACAGAAAAUCGACGUUGCAUCGAUUUGGAAUAAAGUUUCUUUGCGCGGCACGCGAUACGCGCGAUAUAAGAGCGUUAAUGAGACGAAAGUCGGCGUAAUCGGCUGAAAAUCCGCGUGGAACGACGAAACCGCGUCUCUCUGCGAAAUUGUACUCCGAACGCGCGAUGCGACCUGUUACGCUGUUGAUUUUUACGUCGAAUCAGGCAGCGCCGCGAGAGAUUCCGAGGAACAGGAGAUCGCGCGAGGCAGCGACACCCACUGUCGUCGCGUCGCGUCGCGUCGUCGACGAUAGGAUUUUGAAUUUCCUGCAAACACACGCAGAGAGUGACUGAAAUCUCGGCCGCUUCAUUCAUGUACCCAUCAGUCGGCUCACGACCGUCCAGCCGGGCAGUCAGAGGCGCGCGCGCUCGCUCGCCGCCGCCGCGCCGUCACGAGCGAUUUCGCGCCGCAGCCGCGCGAGGACGAUCGGCGAUCCUUCACUGAAAAGUCCCGCGCUCCACCAAAUAAACCGCGCGCACGGAACCGGGUGGCACUGUCGCCUCCGCGUUAUACGAGCGACUCGUGGUCGGCCAGGUGAUAAUUCCGUCCUCUUCCCUCCGCCGAUCGAUCGGCGCCCGGCGGGGCUUUCGAAGACUCUCGCAGAUUCGUUCGGAUCGGAAGCAUCGCCGUCGAGUGUCGUCGUUGAAAGGUGCACGGUCUCGAGAUCUUCAUUCGGACGGAUUUUCGCGGAGCGUCUCGCGGAGGGGAGGUGCGAGGCUCUUGAGGCUCUUCGACUUUGUCGCGCGGAGUCGACUGGUCUCCUAUCGGCUCUCGCGUUGCGUUAUUCGCGUGCCACUAUCGUGACGAGUUCGCAUUUGGCUCGCGAAACGUCCUCGGCGUCGAUAUUUGCUAGCUCGAGAGUCCACCUCGCGAAGCGUUUCGGCCCGAUCUGCCGACGUCUUUUUCGUUCGUCUCUUUCGUUUCGUACGUUUUCGCCGGCCGAUCGCGCGCCGCACCGGUCGAUGUUUGAACAGUGACUGGGCGAUAUUUUCAGCAUUUCUUUAUCUUUCGCACGCGGCACUGCGAAAGCUGCCGACGCGAAGUCGCCGUCCACGUGAUCGUCGCGGCGCUUUUCGCGCGUCUCCUUCGAAAGCGCCCGCCGUCGCGACCACCGGGACCCGAUCCGAUUCGAUUCGACGGCGCUCUUCGUCGCUCUUCGUUUAACGAUUCGAAAAUGUCCGCGCGAAUAGUGCUCGUCCGAUUUCAUUUCUCGGCAAGAUAUUCGCAAGUGACAUAACUGUCGUUUCUGGAGCGCGGACUUAUCGGUGCGAUAAGUUCGGAGUGAAUCGCGUCAUCAAUCCGAUCCGAUCGGAUCGGCAUCGGUCGAAAGCUGUCUGAGGUGAAGAAACGUACAAGCGAGCGUCGCUGCUCUGGUGUCCCGUUCUACAUUACGAUCCGAGCACUAAUUGAUUACUGUUCGAUUAAAGGGCAAUGUUCGAGGGCCUUUUCGUACUUUGACAAGGAAGAAUUUUGUUUUCUCCGCGUUGAUUCUUGCACGAUUCGUCAUCGAUUUAUCAGAGGUAACGACAGAUCGUAAUGUCGCGCGAAGCGUAGCCAAGAAUCGGAACUUCCCAAUUCUCGAGAGAAAGACGCUGAGCGACGUCAAUCGGUGACGUUAAUCGUCGUGCAUUCGGAGUGAAGAGUGUCAUCGAUGAAUUCCCGCUGCUGGGAGGAAGAGGCACGGGGUAGGCGAAGAAGAACAUCCGGCGUCCGUGACGGGCGAAUCGUCGCUCGAGCGUUCCUCAUCUUCUUCGAAUUUCCGCCCUCCAAGGGCGCAGUUUUUCGGAAGAAACGCUAGACUCGUCAGUGGUUCUUCUCUUCCCACACUCGUCUUCCCUUCUCCAUCCUCCUCUUCUGCCUCAUCUGCUUUCCGCGACGAUUAAACAGUUUUUCCGAAUUAGUCGUUCUUGCCUCGCGAGAUAGGAAGUCGAGAUGGCAUCUUCCAGUCAAAGAGAGAGCGAGGAGUAUGGACUGGGAUAUCAGAACACUCUGAUGUAUGGUCGCUACACGAAGGACCUGGGUGAGUACGCGAAGGAAGAGGCACGCAAGCUCAAGUAUCACGAGAAAGCGAGGCGGAAGUAUGAUAAAACGAGGGCCGAGGAUCUGCGGAAGUCCAGGAGGGGUCCUCUGUGUCGGAAGUUGCUGGCCCUGCUGGCCUUCACCUGGAAGCACACCGGCGCCCGGCUAGGCGAGGACUGGAUCUUCCUUGCACUCCUCGGCAUCAUUAUGGCGCUCAUCAGUUACGCCAUGGACCGUGGCAUUUCCAUGUGCAAUAACGCCAGGAUAUGGCUCUAUCAGGACCUUACGACGCAUCCGGCCUUCAAAUACCUGGCCUGGGUGUCUAUGCCGGUGUGCCUCAUUCUCUUUAGCGCCGGCUUCGUGCAUAUCGUUGCGCCGCAAAGUAUAGGCUCUGGUAUCCCGGAAAUGAAGACCAUUCUACGCGGCGUGGCGUUGAAGGAAUACCUGACCUUCCGUACCUUGAUUGCCAAGGUGAUCGGCUUAACGGCGACCCUGGGCUCGGGGCUGCCGCUCGGCAAAGAGGGUCCGUUCGUGCACAUCGCCAGCAUCGUCGCGACGCUCCUCUCCAAAUUGGUCACCAGCUUCCAAGGCAUCUACGAGAACGAGAGCAGAAACUGCGAGAUGCUGGCUGCGGCUUGCGCGGUGGGCGUCGCGUCCUGCUUCGCGGCCCCGAUCGGCGGUGUCCUUUUCAGCAUCGAGGUCACUACGGUGUACUUCGCGGUCAGGAACUACUGGCGCGGUUUCUUCGCCGCGGUCUGCGGCGCCACGAUGUUCCGUCUGCUGGCGAUCUGGUUCCAGAGCGAGGAGACCAUCACGGCGAUGUUCGCCACCAGUUUCACGAUGGAGUUUCCCUUCGAUCCGCAGGAGCUUCUCGUCUUUGCCCUGAUCGGCGUCGGCAGCGGACUGAUGGGCGCCUUCUACGUCUGGUUGCACAGGCAAUACGUCAUCUUCAUGCGGAAGAACAAGAGCAUGAAUAGCUUCUUGCAGAAGAAUCGUUUUCUGUAUCCCGGCAUCGUGUCCCUGCUGGUCUCGUCCGUGUCGUUUCCCCUCGGGCUUGGUCAGUUCAUGGCCGGCGAUCUCAACACGCACGAUCAGGUCUUCGGGCUCUUCACCAACUUCACUUGGACGAAGGUGAAUCUCAGCGUCGAGGAGAUGAAUAUCGUGAAGCACUGGUCGACAUCGUACACCAACGACGUCUUCAGCGGGCUCCUCAGUUUCGUUUUAGUCACCUUCAUCUUUUCCAUCAUAAGUUCGACGGUACCGGUACCAUCUGGAAUUUUUAUCCCCGUAUUCAAGAUCGGUGCUGCGCUAGGUAGAGCAGUCGGUGAAGGUAUGGCUCUCUGGUUCCCCACUGGGGUGCGUUACGGCGGAAUAAUUACACCCAUCAUACCAGGUGGAUAUGCCACAGUGGGCGCGGCCGCGUUCUCCGGCGCGGUGACGCACACGAUAUCCGUCAGUGUCAUAAUCUUUGAGAUGACCGGCCAGAUCACACACAUCGUGCCCAUAAUGAUAGCGGUACUGAUCAGCAAUGCCAUCGCCGCACUUCUCCAGCCCAGUAUAUACGACAGCAUUAUCCUCAUCAAGAAAUUGCCCUACUUGCCCGAUUUGCUUCCAUCUAGUUCAGGAAUGUACAAUGUUUACGUGGAGGAUUUCAUGAUCCGCGACGUGAAGUACAUAUGGCACGGCAUCAGCUAUCAGAAGUUGAAGGAUAUAUUGAAGGAGAAUCGCAAACUUCGCGGAUUUCCGCUGGUUGAUAAUCCGGACUCUAUGAUUCUGCUCGGCUCGAUUCAGAGAUUGGCGCUAAUCAAGCUCAUCGAGAAGCAUAUUGGCCGCGAGAGAAGGUUGCAGGUGGCGCAAAAAUGGCACAAGGAGGCGGAGGAGAGAGCGCGCGAGGAAAUAGAACGACAGCUGCGAGAGCAGGAAAGAACGAGGAGGCCUUCGAGAUUUGAGGUUAUUCCGGCACCAGACAUUCUCAAGAUGCAGCGGCAAAGUGUUAAUGAUCUAACGAUGUCGCCAAACAACGGCAGCGGUCCCGAUCAUCAUACGUACCAUUCACCGAUAUUUGGAUCACAACCGAAGAAAUCAAUCUUGAAGAAGACGAAUUCUUUCACCCUUAAGGGAUUCAGCCCGUUAGUCAGCCCGGCGGUGACACCUUAUACGACAGUUACAGGCGCGGAAAGCAGGAUUCGUUUGGCGUUUGAGGCGAUCUUUCGCAAGUCCGCCACGUUGCAGGACGUGGAUCCUGAUCCGGAGCUGGGUACCAGAGGGAGUCAGGAUGCCAUCAACGCGCAGUCCCAUACGCCCAUGCUGGCUCCGAGUCCGGCGACAUCGAAGAAAGUACAAUUGCCUCGGGAGAGAGUGAUAGAUAUGUCGGCGGAGGACCAGAAACGAUGGGAAGAGAGCGAAAUGGCACUUGAAGUGGAUUUCUCGAGGUGCCACAUCGACCCGGCUCCUUUCCAGCUGGUGGAAAGAACGUCCUUGCUCAAAGUGCACAGCCUCUUCAGCAUGGUUGGCGUGAAUCACGCUUACGUAACGGCUAUCGGCAGGCUGGUUGGCGUCGUCGCGCUGAAGGAGUUGAGAAAAGCCAUCGAGGACGCGAACGCCGGUAUUCUGCCGAUGCAUACCGAGUCGCACAUCGCCGAGUCGCUCUCGAGCCUGGCGAGAAGCGAGACGGACACGGAGAGCAACAAGAACAUCAACGCGAUAAACUCCAUAGGCUCCGUGGACUGUGAGAAAGCGGACAAAAUCUGAGGGUUGCUCCCGCGUCGUGACGAGCGAAAGCUUACAUUGUGAUAGGCCGCGUCGCCGCGUUGUCGCGUGACGCGGCCCGAAUAAUGCGAGAGAGUCGUGUUUCAUCUGAUUUUCCUCUCCUCCUUCCUUCCUGAUCAUUUGCGUGAUUCGAGGGUGACGGAGUCGUUAUAUGCGUGAGGAGCGCGUAACGAUACUCUCUCAAACACUUCUCUCGUACUUAAGCCUAAGACGAGCAGCUGAGCGAGGUGAGCGAAAUAACGAAAGUUCCGAGAUACGAUGCGAGGUAGUAUUAAGCGAUGCAGCUCUAGAUAAUUUCCUAUUCCGUUUUAACAUAAUAGUUCACGGAACGAACGAUUUUAUUGUGACAUCUCUCAUUUAGCUAGAGAUCAGAAAAUAAUUUAAUGUUGAACUGUCAAAAUAAUUCUGUUAAACGUUCAAGCGUGAUGAUACUGCUGUAAAAACCCUAAUAGCACGUGAUAUGAUAUCGUACGACAUUACGUCAUUGUAUGAAUAUUCGUGCGAUAUUACCGUGAUAUCGUACGUAUAUUUGUACGAUAUUAUGAAUAUUCUAGAAUAUUCAUACAUAUCUUGUGCUAUUAGAAAAGUUUUGACGUUCUAACAACCAAACGUCCAAUAUAAAUUUUUCAAUGGUUCAACAUAAUUAUUUUGAGAUCUGUGUUUCGGCAAAAUUGUUCCUCCCGUGUUCGCGUUCAUAUGCGCGGACUAUUUUUACCAGAUAGAUGGAUUCGCACGUCGAGAUUCGUUUCUCGACAGACGAUUUACGCGGAUAUCACUUCAUCGAGAAAUACCGCGGAGAGAACGCACGUUUCCUCCGUUGUUUAUUUAGUUGGGAUAAUGCGCGUGUCUACGUACGUUUGCGUAACGCGAGAUCGCGCGCGAGGUCUGGAAACCGGAAAAAAAAGAAUCAGGCUGCGAAUUUCGGAUCUUAGAUCGAAGACGCAUGAUCUAUUAUCGCUUUUAAUCGUACAAGCGAUAAGGUAAGUUUCUCAAAAUAGCUGAACGGGUCUCUCGACGGAGCGAAAGUGAUUUGUAAGUGCCAAAAGCAGCGACGUACGCUGCACUUCCUCCCCGCCGUGAUGAAACGUGCAUAAUUUGACCCAAUGAUAAUUCUAUGUACGAGAUCAUUCAGGGCUCCUAUUACGCUCCUCUAGUUAGUAAGUAUCUGACCAUGGUUGUGCCAGACUAUUAUUUAUUAUGUAAUCGUUGAUUAUUGUCAAGUCCGCGAGAAGUCGCCUAGUCGUAGAUCGAUCUUUUAGCGGGGAAAUAUGCAGACAAUUCUCUUCCAUUCUUUAUACGAUACUUAAUUUAAAAGCGGACAGAGAAGAAUGCCUCGAAAUGUCGAUUGGAUAUCUUCCAGCUUGCGUUUUAUUUCCGUAGAAAGCGCUUAGAAAUUAUGCAAUUUAAAAAGUGCGAGUACAACUUUCGCUUGUGUCAUUAAAAAUCGCAUUUGCACAAAUUCCUAAUGAGCGAAAGUCACGCAUUUCGGAUGUAUCGGAAUGAAGAGCAUUCUCUUGUAUUUCACUAGAUAGAACGAUUAGGUUGUUAGAGGUAGAGGACUAUGUAUAUCGCAGUUACUAUUCCGAUAGUUUUUCAUAGUGCAAUUGAAACGAUGUUGUCUACAUCGAACUUUGCAUUAUUACUGUCGCUGCGGCCCGACGAGCUGGCUAUAAACGUCAUUUUAAUAUUCCGCCGGCCGCGCAAAUUUCUGACGAUAUUUAAGGUACGAUUUACAUUCCACUCGACUAGAUUCUCAUCUCGUGAGAUUGUACAUUUAUCAUGCCGCGUAUUGUCGCAUGCGAUGACGCUGCCCGCCAAUUGUAAAUACAUUGCGCAUCGCGGAAAGACAUUAAAUAAUUUAUUAUAA